GGCAAUAUUGCUCUGUAAAAUUAUCAAGAUUACAACUAUUGCCUGCGGAGACUGAAUGUUUCUGCCAGCGUCAAACGUCAUUUCUCUGAAUCCCAUCGUUUAGUAAAUGUAAACAAAAUUAAUGUGGCGUAAUUACAAUAGAUUUUAAAAACAUAAAACUUGAUGAGUGACCCAAAAUGAAACAAGAAAAUUGUGCUCAUAAAGAAACGAUAGAAUAUACGCACACCACUGUGCCUUCAUCAAUGAGAAGUCCUUAUUGGAAGUAUUUUGGAUUUCCUGCCGAUAGUAAUAAUAAAAUUUUGACUCGGCAAAAAAUUAUAUGUACGAUAUGUGGUGCUGCUAUUACAUACAACAAAAAUACAUCUAAUCUUCGUACGCAUCUUAUAUCGCGACACCCUGAGACUCUGCAUCAAAUGCAUAAUCAUCAAAGGCAGCCAAACCCAGGGUGCUCUAGUAGUUGUGACAUGACUGAUGCUGGCGAUUUUAAUAGUGUCACUAUAUUGAACGAAAUGGGAAAGGAUGAAUGUAACUCGGAUAAAUUACACUUAAAUAGAAGUGAUAAGGGUGAUCCUAAUGUCAGUAGUCUAUUAAAAAUAAGACGUCUAAAUACAACGAAUGCACAAGAGCUUAAAGUGGAACUAAUGGCUUCCCAUGGUCUAGUAAGCCAUCCGCAGCAAAAUGAUUAUCAACAUGAACAUACGGUAGAUUUCUCAGCUGUUGAAAUUAAUUGUGGUUCUGAUUAUCACUCGGUAAGACACGAAAACAAGGAAAUCGACAAAGAUGAGCAUGAAGCGAUUACAGAAAAUGAAACCAGUUAUGAAUUUUUAACUUCGGAAACAGAAAAUGAUUUGAAAAACGAUGAAAAUAUUGAAAUUAAUUGCUCCAGUGAUUUCAAUGUUGCGGAUAUGAACCCCGACGCGAUUGCAUUAACGGAAGAUGAAGCAGUCAUAAUUGACAAUGAGAUUUCUCAAAAACCUAUGUUUGUAUAUUGCAAUGACUCAUUGCCAUGCUCAAUUGAUUUGACAAAAAAAUCAAAUGGAAUAACUCACAACGAACUUCUUGUAAAUAUGUUGGUGUCUGAUUUACUGACGCUUAACGUGCUUCAAGGAGUGGGUUUCAAACAAUUACUUAAUACGAUAGGUUUUGUCAAUGUGGAUAAAGAGCCAGUUGAGAGCAAAAUAUUGGCCGAUUAUUCAAAAAUGAAAUGUACACUUAAAAAAUACAUUGCUUUACAUUUGUUGCAACAAGAUAAACCCUAUUCAUUCAGUAUUGAAAACUUUAAAAAUAAUGGGGGAACUGACAUAAUAAGUGUUUAUGUAAACUUCCACAUUUUCGACGUUGAAUAUAAAUUUGAGAGUAUUUUAUUAGAAGAAAUUGUUUGUAGCAAAAAUACAGAUUUAAUUCGGUCGCUACAAGACUUCGAUCUUAGUCGUUGUGCAGCGAUUGUAACAACUAACGCAAACAACUCAAUUGUUAAGGAAUUUGCACUCGCGAAUGGUAUCGAAAUAGUACCAUGCGUAGGGUCAGUAUUAACCCGAUGUCUUUCUUUGAUCUUCCAACAAGAUGUGGUAUCUGAUUUAUUUGAACAAAUUUUUGAAAUAAGUGAGAAGAAUUUAAACUUAUCAAUUGUGAGAUUAUAUUGCCCAUGGUGGAAACUAAAGCUUCUUCAGGAUUUUUUCGAUAGUCCUUUAGCGGCAGAUGAAAAGUACAAGAAAAUGUCAUCAGAACUGGGAAGGUUCAUUACAUAUAUUAAGCCCUUAAAGAUUAUGUUUGAUACAAUAAACUCGGAGCAAAUGCCGUUCAGCACACUCGUGCGUCCGUUGGUAAUGCAACUAUUCGAUGAACAUUUUUUAAAAUUCAAUACUAAUGACAAUGCUUGUUUGCAAUCAGCGCAAAAAAUUGUUAGUACUGAGUUACGUAGUAGCAUUGCUGGAUGUUCAUUUUUUUCUGAAGCAGUGCUUUUUGAUCCACGAUUUCAACAAGAUUUCAUUCAAUCCAGCCCACAGCCAACACUACAGAAACAAACCGAUUGUUUUGGCAGUAUUCAUCGUUCAGAAGUAAUACUGUCGGUAUAUAAUCGGUAUCCACAUUUGCUGAAGCAGUUAAACUUGAAAAUAAAACUGGAACAAAAUCGCAUAGGUGCCUCGUCACAAGCAGUGUCGAAAUCAUGUUUACGAUCGUUUUUCCAGCGUAUUAGCAAUCCCGCCGGUGAGACGAAUUUUCAAAACAUUAACAACACACCUUCCAAACAGUCGCAUCCGAAAGUUGCUAUGGAUUUGGAAUUUAAUCGAUACAAAUGUGAACAAACGUUAGAUUUGGAACUAUGCCCUCUAGUUUGGUGGCAAACACAUUCUGAACGCUACAAAUGUCUGCAUAAAAUCGCAAAUUAUUAUUUGAGUGUGCCGUGUUUAACACCACGGUGGCUAACGAGUGGCCAAGAAGAAGUGGAAGUAAUCGAUAGAAGCCAGUGGUGGCAAAAAAGUAAGUCACUGCAGUAUCUCCAUACAGCAGAGAAGUGCAUAUGGUAUUUGCGUUACAAUCGUAGUAUAUAUAACAAAAUGCUGGCCAAAUCAACUAAAGAGCGGUCUGCGUGAAAAAGCUGAAGUUGGAAAAACUCGUAUCCCAAUGAGAUAUUUCUACAUACAAUGCGAUGUAAACAAUAGCUAAUAGUGGGUCCUUUUCAACUCACUGACAAUUGUCGUAGACAUAUAUUAAUAUAUUUACGGAAUAAUUUUAAUAUACAUACAUAUGUAUAUUGGAGUAUGUAUCAGAAAUGUAAAUGUGCUUUAUUUUGGCAAUUUUGAAAAGCACGGCAAGUUAAGAAAAUAAUUAUUUAUGUAUUUCAAAGUAA